AAACAUCAGGUUGAGAAGUUAUAUUCAAAGAUGAUGGACAGAGUCUUAUUCUCCGUCGACGGAAUCUCCGACCAAUUCUGGCCCUCGCAGGACCCGCCCGAGGAAUCAUCGAAACUGAACCGGAGCGCAUCCGAGUGGUCUUUUCGGAGGUUUCUUCAAGAAGCUGCCUCCGUAUCGGAUUCCUCCGUUUCUCCGCCUCCUGCUUCACCUUCAAACGCCGUAGAAAUCAAGGAAUCUGGAGAGAGAUUGAAGCAGAGUAAGGAGAAACAGAGUAAUCGGAAUAAUGGUGGAAUUCAGAAAGAAAGGAAGAAAAGUAGCGGCGGAGAUUCGGAGGAGUAUCGCGCGUUUCUGAAAAGUAAACUGAAUCUGGCGUGUGCGGCGGUGGCUAUGUGUAGAGGAUCUUUUAGGAAGAGUCGAGAUUCUUGUGCAAGUUCCACUCUAGCUCAAAAUAUGUCACACUUGCCAUCCCAAUCCCCUUCAAAAGGGAUUUGUUGCUCACCUUGUGUACAAAAGAGGGAUGGAAUUCAAGUCAGCUCAGCAAACAUAUCAUCCUCCAGAGAGCAAACUGAUGAAGAAGAUGAUGUUGAAGGAGAAAAUGAUAUGAAUGAGCAAAUGGAUCCUGCAUCCGCGAAACGUAUUAGAAGAAUGCUUUCUAAUAGAGAAUCAGCUAGACGCUCAAGAAAAAGAAAGCAAGCACAUUUGACAGAGCUCGAGACACAGGUUGCUGAAUUAAGACAUGAAAAUUCAACACUACUGAAGCGUUUCAGUGAUAUAAGCCAAAAGUACAAUGAAGCAGCGGUUAAUAACAGAGUUCUGAAAGCUGACCUUGAAACUUUGAGAGCUAAGGUACAAAUGGCUGAAGAAACCGUAAAGCGAAUCACUGGUACAAAAUCUAUGUUCCAUGCCAUGUCGGAAGUAUCCUCAAUUAGCAUCCAAUCAUUUGAGGGAAGCCCUUCAGAGAUAUCAACAGAUGCACAUAACAGUCAUAUUGCAGACAUUUCUUCUGCAAAUAUUCAGAAGAAUUCUCUGGAAAUGGCAACCGUACCGAGGAACAAGAUGGCAAGAACAGCUUCCUUGCGGCGAGUGGCAAGCUUGGAGCAUCUUCAGAAGCGCAUCCGAGGGAGUUCAAGCAUCUGUCAUCCAUCAGGAAAGGGUGAUCAGCAGUAACAGUUGUGAUCUUGUUGAUGUAUGAAAGAUAUCCUGUAAUAUUCUUUAAACGAACAGCUUUCCAAUUUUAAAUGAAACUUACUUUUAAGAAUGAGGUGACAUUUCGAGAAUAGUGUGUUACCUUUUUUA